CCUUGUAACAGCCCUGAGACUUGCAAAGAGAUCAUUUUACCCAUUUUAGGGGUGAGAAAACUGAGACCUAGAGGACUUAAUAAGCCGAUUGCUCAUGAUCCCACAGUUAGUAAAUCACAGGGUUGAACCUUGAAUCCAGGACUUACGAUUCCCAGCCAUGAUCUCUUUCCACUGACCUCUGCUGUCCCACACAAUGAGAAUUUUAUCUGUCAGAGGUGAGACGGGGAGGGCCUAGCUAGGGGAUGCAGGAUGAGCAAAGGCACAGAGGCAGAAGUUUUCGGAGACUGCCUGGGUUUGGACUGUAAAGUCCAUAGAGGGAAAUAUUCUGUAUUAUUUAUGACAAAUUAGAUAAGGUCAGUGCAUCUAGGGUGUAUUAGUUCAGUAGAGCCACCGUAAUAAAAUACCACAAAUGGCGUGGCUUAAAUAACAAACUUGUUAUCUUGCAGUUCUGGAGACAAGAAGUCCAAUAUCAAGAUGUCAGCAGGGUUGCCGUCUCCUGAGGCCUCUGCAUGGUUUACAGAAUGAAAUGCUGGAGGAAGGUCACGAGUAUGCGGUCAUGCUGUACACCUGGCGCAGCUGUUCCCGGGCCAUCCCUCAGGUGAAAUGCAACGAGCAGCCCAACCGAGUGGAGAUCUAUGAGAAGACGGUGGAGGUGCUGGAGCCAGAGGUCACCAAACUCAUGAAGUUCAUGUACUUCCAGCGCAAGGCCAUCGAGCGGUUCUGCAGUGAGGUGAAGCGGCUGUGCCAUGCCGAGCGGAGGAAGGACUUUGUCUCCGAGGCCUACCUCCUGACCCUGGGCAAGUUCAUCAACAUGUUUGCCGUCCUGGACGAACUGAAGAAUAUGAAGUGCAGCGUCAAGAACGACCACUCUGCCUACAAGAGGGCGGCACAGUUCCUGAGGAAGAUGGCAGACCCCCAGUCUAUCCAGGAGUCGCAGAACCUGUCCAUGUUCCUGGCCAACCACAACAGGAUCACCCAGUGUCUCCAUCAGCAACUAGAAGUGAUCCCGGGCUAUGAGGAGCUGCUGGCCGACAUCGUCAACAUCUGCGUGGAUUACUAUGAGAACAAGAUGUAUCUGACCCCCAGUGAGAAGCACAUGCUCCUCAAGGUAAUGGGUUUUGGCCUCUACCUGAUGGAUGGAAAUGUCAGUAACAUUUACAAACUGGAUGCCAAGAAGAGAAUCAACCUCAGCAAAAUUGAUAAAUUCUUUAAGCAGCUGCAGGUGGUGCCCCUUUUCGGCGACAUGCAGAUAGAGCUGGCCAGAUACAUUAAGACCAGUGCUCACUAUGAAGAGAACAAGUCCAAAUUCCAGCCCUUUGUAGCCCUAGAGAGGCUGCAAGGCCCUCCUUGCCCGUAUGACUGGUGGACGUGCACCCAGAGCAGCAUCAGCCCCCAGUACAAUAUCUGCGAGCAGAUGGUUCAGAUCCGGGAUGACCACAUCCGCUUCAUCUCGGAACUCGCUCGCUACAGCAACAGUGAGGUGGUGACGGGCUCCGGGCUGGACAGCCAGAAGUCGGAUGAGGAGUACCGCGAGCUCUUUGACCUGGCGCUGCGGGGCCUGCAGCUCUUGUCCAAGUGGAGCGCCCACGUCAUGGAGGUGUACUCCUGGAAGCUGGUUCACCCCACAGACAAGUUCUGCAACAAGGACUGUCCAGGCACGGCCGAGGAGUAUGAGAGAGCCACGCGCUACAACUACACCAGCGAGGAGAAGUUUGCCUUCGUGGAGGUGAUCGCCAUGAUCAAAGGUCUGCAGGUGCUCAUGGGCAGGAUGGAGAGUGUCUUCAACCAGGCCAUCAGGAACACCAUCUACGCGGCCCUGCAGGACUUUGCCCAGGUGACCCUGCGGGAGCCCCUCAGGCAGGCGGUGCGGAAGAAGAAGAACGUCCUCAUCAGUGUCCUGCAGGCAAUUCGGAAAACCAUCUGUGAUUGGGAGGGGGGCCGAGAGCCCCCUAACGACCCAUGCUUGAGAGGGGAGAAGGACCCCAAAGGUGGAUUUGACAUCAAGGUGCCUCGGCGUGCCGUGGGGCCCUCCAGCACACAGCUGUACAUGGUGCGGACCAUGCUUGAAUCACUCAUCGCAGACAAAAGUGGCUCCAAGAAGACCCUGCGCAGCAGCCUGGAUGGGCCCAUUGUCCUCGCCAUAGAGGACUUCCACAAGCAGUCCUUCUUCUUCACGCACCUGCUCAACAUCAGUGAAGCCCUGCAGCAGUGUUGCGACCUCUCCCAGCUCUGGUUCCGAGAAUUCUUCCUGGAGUUAACCAUGGGCCGGCGGAUCCAGUUCCCUAUUGAGAUGUCCAUGCCCUGGAUUCUCACAGACCAUAUCCUGGAAACCAAAGAACCUUCCAUGAUGGAGUACGUCCUCUACCCAUUGGAUCUGUACAACGACAGCGCCUACUAUGCUCUGACCAAGUUUAAGAAGCAGUUCCUGUAUGAUGAGAUCGAAGCCGAGGUGAACCUGUGUUUUGAUCAGUUUGUCUACAAGCUGGCGGAUCAGAUCUUUGCUUACUACAAAGCCAUGGCUGGCAGUGUCCUGUUGGAUAAACGUUUUAGAGCUGAAUGUAAGAAUUAUGGAGUCAUCAUUCCAUACCCACCAUCCAACCGCUAUGAAACACUGCUGAAACAGAGACAUGUCCAGCUGUUGGGUAGAUCAAUUGACUUGAACAGACUCAUUACCCAGCGCAUCUCAGCCGCCAUGUAUAAAUCCUUGGAUCAGGCCAUCAGCCGCUUUGAAAGUGAGGACCUGACAUCCAUUGUGGAGCUGGAGUGGCUGCUGGAGAUCAACCGGCUCACGCACCGGCUGCUGUGUAAGCACAUGACCCUGGACAGUUUUGACGCCAUGUUCCGGGAGGCCAAUCACAACGUGUCCGCCCCCUAUGGCCGCAUCACCUUGCACGUCUUCUGGGAGCUGAACUUCGACUUCCUCCCCAACUACUGCUACAAUGGGUCCACCAACCGUUUUGUCCGAACUGCCAUCCCUUUCACCCAAGAGCCACAAAGAGAUAAACCCGCCAACGUCCAGCCUUAUUACCUCUAUGGGUCCAAGCCUCUCAACAUCGCCUACAGCCACAUCUACAGCUCCUACAGGAAUUUCGUGGGGCCCCCUCAUUUCAAGACCAUCUGUAGACUCCUGGGUUACCAGGGCAUCGCUGUGGUCAUGGAGGAGCUCCUGAAGAUCGUCAAGAGCUUGCUCCAAGGGACCAUUCUCCAGUAUGUGAAAACGCUGAUCGAGGUCAUGCCCAAGAUAUGCCGCCUGCCCCGGCAUGAGUACGGCUCCCCAGGGAUCCUGGAGUUCUUCCACCACCAGCUGAAGGACAUCAUCGAGUACGCAGAGCUCAAAACCGACGUCUUCCAGAGCCUGCGGGAGGUGGGCAACGCCAUCCUGUUCUGCUUGCUGAUCGAGCAAGCACUGUCUCAGGAGGAAGUCUGCGAUUUGCUCCAUGCUGCACCCUUCCAAAACAUCUUGCCUAGGGUCUACAUCAAAGAGGGGGAACGUCUGGAGGUCCGGAUGAAACGCCUGGAAGCCAAAUACGCCCCGCUCCACCUCGUCCCUCUGAUAGAACGGCUGGGAACCCCUCAGCAAAUCGCCAUCGCUCGGGAGGGCGACCUGCUGACCAAGGAGCGGCUGUGCUGCGGGCUGUCCAUGUUCGAGGUCAUCCUGACCCGCAUCCGGAGCUACCUGCAGGACCCCAUCUGGCGGGGCCCGCCGCCCACCAACGGCGUCAUGCACGUCGACGAGUGCGUGGAGUUCCACCGGCUCUGGAGCGCCAUGCAGUUUGUCUACUGCAUCCCCGUGGGGACCAAUGAGUUCACAGCCGAGCAGUGUUUUGGAGAUGGUCUGAACUGGGCUGGCUGCUCCAUCAUCGUCCUGCUGGGCCAGCAGCGUCGCUUCGACCUGUUCGACUUCUGUUACCACCUGCUGAAAGUACAGAGGCAGGACGGGAAGGAUGAAAUCAUUAAGAAUGUGCCCCUGAAGAAGAUGGCAGACAGGAUCAGGAAGUACCAGAUCUUGAACAAUGAGGUUUUUGCCAUCCUGAACAAGUACAUGAAGUCCGUGGAGACGGACAGUUCUACCGUGGAGCACGUGCGCUGCUUCCAGCCACCCAUCCACCAGUCUCUGGCCACCACCUGCUAGGCAGAAGGUCCUGCAAACCCCCAACCUGGAGGAGGAGAAGCAGCAGGAGAGGGAAAGUCACGGCCAGCCUGUAACAGGGUCCAGCUGGACAGCGUGCAGGAUGGACUUGGAAGCAAACAAGAACCUCCCCAAACACAUCUGCACCCCCGAGGGCUGGGCCUGUGCAUGCUCUCCCACGACAUCUCCAUGGUGGUUUUUCCAUAGUGUAAAUGAAAAAAAAAAGAGAAGAAACAGGGCAA